AUGGGGGGACUUGACUACCUCGACGAUGAGACUUUGAAUCACCUUCUUGCGGCGGGCUUGGAUCUCGAUGAUAGAGACAGCCUUCCCGCCCAGUUGCGGAGAGCUCGGGCCGCUGGUCUCCUGGCUCAUGACCACGGCUGGGCUGACGAAGCGGAUUCUGCGCAUGAUGGGCCUCAGCGAGCUGCAGACGUAGAGAGAAGACCGGAAGCGCCGAUCACCUCGGAGGAGCGAUUACGUAUCAUUGCGACUAGUGAUGUGGCGGAUAGCUUCCUGGACAAUAGAGAACAGGGAGCCGACAACUGCAACAACGCCGGCGGAGGCCAGGAUGUCGAUGACCCUGCUCCUCCUCCGGCCGCACAGUGGGAUAACCAUGAUCUAGAGUUUCUCCCUGACGAUGGUUUUGACGGCUUUGGUUUCCCCCCGAUGCCCUGGGAUAAUCCACCGAGGGAGGAGCCGCAAGAACGACCUGUGGCACGAGAACGGCAUUUCGCGCGAGAGAGACGCAUGGUAAGAUGGGGGAGGCGGGCGAGAGAGGCGGGCGUCGAAAGAGAGGGGAAUCUGGCGAGAGAGAUACGGCAACGCCUGGCUGGGCGAGGUUGGCGGCGAGCACCGCUGGAACCGGCAGAGCAAAGGGAGCCUCCGCGCCCAGUCGCGCAAAUUCCGCAACUCCCACCCCCGGAAGAGGCUAUGCCGGUGGACCCUGAGGGGGAGAGGCAGAGGCAGCUAGACCUAGAAAGAGAGCUGGAUAUUGCGAGGCAACUGGAGCUAGCUGAAAACCUUGAUCCGGCGAUGUUCCUGGAACGGGAGUGGGAACCAGGGCCGGAACUAGAGUCACCCCCACGACCGCCUCCUGAGCCUGAACCGGAGCCAGAACGCCAACCAGAGCCGCAGGCACAGCCACCUCCACCACCUCCACCAGAGCCCGCCAGACAACAAGAGCUGGUAGUUCCGGCCCCGCGAGCAGUCCGCACACCUCCGCCACUUUGCUUUAUGGGUGAUGCCAUAGAUGAGCGAGGUCCCACACCGCCAGGCGCGAAUGCAAGGGAAUUCAGUAUCACCCAGGUGAUCGAGGGCGGUGUUCGGAGGUACGUAAUAAACCGAGACAUGACGUGCGGCCACGGCUUCGAUAUGCAGUGGCACACUAUCCCCACAGCCGAGGUCGGCAAUUUGGUCUGCCCGAUAUGUGAACGUGAAGGUGGUGCCGAGCGAGAGAUGGGGGGUGGUCAAGCUCUUGUGCGAUGUUCGACCUGCCGGGUUCGGACGUGCGCGUGGCAUCGGCGGACAAGGUUUGGGCUUGAUUUCUACGCGGCGCGGGAUAUGGUUCGGAUGUUGGAGGGGCAGUCUACAUGGGAAAGGGAGCCAGGACGCAGGGAGAGACGAGGAGAGGGAAGAAGGGAGAGGAGGCGAGAGGAAGAGAGGAGAAAGAGAAGGCGACAGGAGGAGGAGGAGGAGGAGGCGGAGGAAGAAGAGAGGCAGGAGGAGGAGAGACGGCGGGAGCGGCACAGGAGAGAGGGAAGAUGGCGAGAAGAAAGACGGCCAGCAGAGAGAUGGCGGCGGCGGGAGGAGGAGGAAGAGGAAGAGGAGGACAGUGAGGAGGAGGAGAGACGAGAGAGAAAAGCCGAGAGAAGGAAACGGCGGGAGGAGGACAGGCGCCGCGAAGAGAGGCGACGCGAACAACAGGCGACACUUAGGAUUUUGUAUCCUUUCGCGCGCCAUCGCAGUAAUAAAAGGAAAAAGAAGUGA